UACCCGGAGGAUCAUCGACCGCGCGAAGCCCCGAGCCCGGUGUGCGCGUGUCUGCCUCUCGAGCUUGUCGGUGAGCGGCUCUGAAAUGAAUGAAGUGUCCGGUGGUCUUCGGGAGAGACAGACACCAGGGAAAGGCUGUCCCAGGACGCGUGUUACCGCAGCCGGAAUAUUAGCUAUCACACCGGUGAUUGUGAACCUGACGGCGGCGCGCGCGGUGCUGCUCGUGUGUCCGUGACAACAGGCUGAUGGUGCAGAGGCGCGUGCGGUGCUGUUUGGUCGUUUGGUGUGAGCGCGAGGACGGCAUACAGAUAAAUACUGCAUCUCGAUUGAUGACACUUGGUCUGUUGGGGCUGUGCGCCAUAUUUUCGAUGCACCUCCACCUCCCAUCAAAUGAACGGUGAUCCUGGGCUGAUGGAUACCUUUCAGUGAUUAUCUAUUGAUCUGUUUUUACCUCAUAGUUUUCAGUCCUGCCAAAAGACACACAUGCACCCAUUCUCUAUAAGCAUGGGUUUCUUCCUGUCUACCUCAUCUCAUUCAUUGUUAAGCCAUUGAUUUGAAUGCCAUGCAAAGACUGAUGUCACAAGGAGCUUUACUGAUGAAAAAGGCUGUCGUCGUGCUCUAAAAGUGUUUGCUCUGAGCUCUUUUGUGUUUGAUGGGAUCAAAUUCACCAUAAGGAUUCAGGUGUCCUCAUGUUAGAGUAAACUCCUCCGUAGUUUUUUUUUUUUUUUUUAAGCCUGUGGAAUGCUUGAUCUCAAGAUGAAGGAGACGUGUCGCAUCUGUGGACGGGAGCUCUGUGGUAACCAACGGCGAUGGAUCUUCCACCCCACCGCCAAGCUCAACCUGCAGGUGCUGCUGUCUCACGCUCUCGGGCGGGAGCUGACCCGGGAUGGCAGAGGAGAGUUUGCCUGCUCCAAGUGCAUCUUCAUGCUGGACCGCAUGUACCGCUUCGACACGGUGAUCGCCCGUGUGGAGGCCCUGUCCAUCGAAAGGUUGCAGAGGCUCCUGCAGGAGAAACAUCGGCUCAGACAGUGCAUUGGUGGACUCUACAGGAAAACAAAUUCGGAAGAGGGUGCUGUGACGUUACCUGGAGGUAAUGAAGGACCAGGAGAUGGGAUGGUGGACAUUUCAGGUCUCACCCAUGCAAAGUAUUGUGCCCUGCUCCAGGAUGACCUGGUCUACUCUUUGUAUGAGUCCUGGAAUGACGACAGCCUGGACUGUUACCACCACCACCCUCAGUGUACUGCUGGUCCAGGGUCGGAGUCAACAGUUGCAGGCUCUCAUCGAUGCGUUCCCAGCACUCCCAGGAGGUGUCGGGGAUGUUCUUACUUGCGAGUGGCAGACUCCGACUAUGAAGCAGUCUGCAAGGUGCCCAGGAAGCUGGCACGGAGUAUUUCUUGUGGGCCAUCAACCAGAUAUUCAGCCAGUGUUAUUGGAGGAAGCGUGACUGGAGGAGUUGGAGGUGUUGGAGAAGGAGUAGAAGAAAGGGAAAAUGUGGAGGAUUCAGAAGCCCCCUCCUCUCUAACUCUAGUCCCUGGUUCUCAGGACCCCUCAAAAACCUCAGACAGCGAUCGUACUCUGGCUGGACGAGCCAGCUCCAGCCCCUCUAUAGCAUCCUUAGAGACAACUGAGGAAUAUACACAAACUGGAGCCAUAACAGAUGGACCGCUGGGCUCCCCCAGGGAACCAAUAGAUGAUCGGAUAUCUGACUCCCUCUCUGAGGAGCACAUGGGCGCUCCACAUGGCCAAGCUUCACCUGGACCCAGCCUUUCUCUGGCCCUCUGUUUGCUGCAGAGCUAUGCUGUCCACCGGCCAGUCCGGAGCUCUAAGGGAAGCAAGCUGCCUGUGCUGGUCCGACGGAGCUCCAGUAAUGGAGGUGCGAGGCUGGGUUUCCCUGAUCCUGUUCUGGGAAUGUCUUAUGGAACUCCAGACGGAGAGAGAGACAGCCACAUGCCAACACCUGAGCUGGAGACUCCUCUGAUCAGGCUUGAUGUCGGCCUCGAUCAGGUUCUGAAUCUGGCUGACAUGGAAGAAUUAUUGGAAGACUUGUACAAAGAGUAUCCUCCUCCACGUCCCCACCAGAGCCUCGUUGAAGAGCAGCAGAGUCAACUAAACCAGUAUGAGUGUGCGGCCGGUCAGUGUGUCAGCGAGCUUCAGAAGGCCCAGCUCCAGGUCCAAUCACUGCAGGCCAAGAUCCAUGAGAGCGAGGCCAACAAUAUGAAACUGCAGGAGAAGCUGACCGAGAUGGAGUGUGAGCUGCGUUCAAUCCGUCAGGCUGCUCAGAGCCAGGAAAGAACCAUUCAAGGUCUCACAGAGUCCAGCAGCACCAAAGACAGUGAGGUCCAGGAGCUGUAUCAGCUGAUUGAUGGGCAGAACACCACGCUGUGUAAGCUGAGAGAAUUGGCCCACCGCAACCAGCUUUCUCAAUGCAAGGCUCCAGAGGGGGUCAGCGAAUCUUUGACACUCGCCCAGGUGCAGGGCGAGCUGGUGGCGGCACAGAGCUCCCUGUUCUCCCUUGGUCUGGAGCUGGAAGCUAGCCAGAGGAGUCUGAGACAGAGCCAGAGACAAGGAGACGAUGUGAUGAGGUUCAAGGACAGACUGAACUCUGAUUUGCAGGAGGUACUGCAGCACAGGGAGGUCACUGAAAAACACAACCAGGACCUGCGCUGUGCCCUGCAGAAAACUCACUCUGAGCUUCAGGCCAAAGAAGCCGCUCUGAAGGAGAGCGAGGCAGAGAGACACACUGUGGUGCAGGAAAAGGACAGGAGCAUCACACAGCUCGAAUGCUCUCUGCAGGACAAGGAGCGACAGUUGCAGGAGUACUCAGAGAUGUUGGAAUCAACAGGAAGCUCUAAAUCAAGAGAUGCCCUGCUGGAGAAACUUAGAGAGCGUAUAAAAGAUAGAGACAGAGCUCUGGAGCGCUCCAUCGAUGACAAGUUCCGCUGUGUGGAGGAGCGUGAGGGCCAGGUGAGGAGGCUGCAGCUGGCCCUCAGGGAGAAGGAACGAGACCUGGAGAGACUCCGCUGCAUCCUGUCCAGCAACGAGGAGACAAUCACGAGCCUGGACGCCUUGGUGCGGGGUAAAGAGCUGGAGCUGGAGCAGGCGGCCGAGGCCUACAGGAACCUUCAGUGGUUGAAGCAGCAGAGCGAGGAGAAGGAGAGAAACACUCUGAGAGAGAAAGACACCAUCAUAGGCCAGCUACAGGCGGCUCUACAGACACACAGCCAGGAGACACAGGAUCUGACAGCCGCCCUCGUUGCCAGAGUUCAGGCCGGUCCAACCAACGUGGUAGAGGAGCUGAAGGCUCGACUGGCGCUUAAAGAGAAACUGUUUCAGGAACUGCUGUCAGACCGCAGCCGCCAGUCCAAUGAACACCAAGCACAGGUCCAGGACAUGCUGAACACCAUCAGCUCCAAAGACCAGUAUCUGCAGGACUACUCCUACAGGCUCUCCCUUGUGAUCAGCGAGCAGACCACCCAGCAGCAGGAGCUCCGCAGACAGCUGUCAUUAAGAGAACAGGAGCUGUGCGAGCUCAAACGGGACAAGGAGAGAGAGAUGGGAGGAGAGACGGAGCAUCUGCGGAGUCUGCUGAAAGAGAAAGAAGCCUUUAUCAAGGAACUGAUGCAGGGCCAGGAGGAGGCGAUGCAGCCAUCCAAUGAAGAGAGUGAGGCAGAGAUGAAGGCUCUCCAGGAGGAGUUGCAGCUGGUACUGAAGAAGGAGAGGGAAGCUCAGAAGGAGCUCUCUGCUCUGCGCUUGUCUUUGGCUCACCAGCAGGUGGAGACUAACAGCUCUGAUCCUCAAUGUGUGCUGGAGCAGCUUGUGUCAGAGUACAACAAGCUGAACGACGCCCUGAGGGCGGAGAAGAGAUUAUACCAAAGUCUCACGCACAUUCACACCAAGAGUGACAGCUCAGAGAAGAUCCAGGCACUGCACACUGAGCUAGACUCGGUUCAGGCACUUCGCAGACAGUUGGAUGAGGUCCUGGCCAGGACCCGUGACAUGGCCCUGGUGAUGGAAAGGGCAGCUAAGAGGCAGCCUGACUUUGGAGAGCUCAGCACAGAGGAAGACGAGGAGGAGGAGGAGGGAGACGAUGAAGACGGCAGCAGUGACGAGUUCACAGACAGCAUAGAGGAGGACGAUAAUAAAGUGACGGCCAGAAGUUUGGCCUCCAAUCAGGAUCGUGGACCUCAGGGUGUGACUGGAGGGCUGGUGAGAGGGUUAGUGUCCCAGAGAGCUGAUGUGAAGGAGCUCGAGGAAGCAAAGAGGACACUUGAAGGCCAGCUUGCAGAGAUAAGAUUACAACUGGAGGGAGAUGGAUACACGUCCGUGGCUCAGAUGAGGAGUGCACUGCAGAGCUUGCAGCAGGAGAACCAGGCUCUGAAAGUAAGCCAAGGACGAGCUGGAGUUGUGGCACUGAGGACAAACACAGAGAGGAAUCACAGGAUUCUGACCCAAGAAGAGGAGGACGAAGAGGAGGAGGAGGAGGAAGAAGAAGAAGAAGAAGAAGAAGAAGAAGAAGAGGAGGAGGAGGAGGACAUUGAGGAAGAAGAUGAAGAGGAGGAAACAUCACCACAACAUGUGCCUGUGGGCAAGCGGCGUCCUCCAUGUGUUAGUCUGAGUGACGAGCGAGGGAAGAGGCAGUGCACAAGGCCCCUAACGUCUCAUCAUCACACACACCAGCCUGUGACGGAGGUGGAGCCUGCUGGUGGCAGCAGCGAGAUGGAAGAACUCUGGCAGGAUAUAGACGAGGGUCUCCGUGAGCAGGCGGCCCGUCUGAGCUCCGAUCUGGCUCUGAGCCACCAGGAGAACAGAGAGCUGCAGGAAAGGCUGAUGGUGUCUGAGGCCACGGUCCACGCUCAGGCUGAACAACUGAAGGACUACAGAGACCUGCUCACGGAGACAUCAGUCCAGCAGGCCAGUAAGCAGGUGCAGGUGGAUCUCCAGGAUCUGGGUUAUGAGACUUGUGGUCGCAGCGAGAACGAAGCUGAGAGAGAAGACGCGAGCAGUCCAGAGUUUGAUGACCUGGAGAUGUGCACGUCACUGUCCCAUCAACAGGACUAUGAGGCUGUGGGCGGUAGCUGGUAUGCUGGUAACUGCAGCAGUAAAAGUGUCGCUUAUGAAAUGGGAGCUGAAUCAGCUUCUCUCCAGCAUCUGGUCCAGGAUCUCCGCUCACAGCUGACUCGCUGUCACAAGGUGAUCCGCGGGCUGCAGCUGCGUGUACGCUCCCUGUCUACCACCAGCGACUACGCCUCCAGCCUGGAGCGCACCCCGCGCAAGGUAAACUGGGCCUUCGAGACAUCACCGGCCCCGAGCGGUGUGGAGGAGGAUGAAGGCUGGAUGUCUGAUACACAAGGGAUUCGCUCUGGGUCCAAGCCCAGCAGGGAACUGCAAGAACUGAUGGAACGAGUGGCGUCACUGGAGGCGCAACUGAAGAGCUCCAGACUGGAGGGCAAAGGAGAGGAGGGCAAAUGUGCCACUUGGCCUGGGAAGUACAACUCUCUGAUCCAGACACAAGCACGUGAGCUGUCUCACCUGAGGCAGAGGAUGAGAGAGGGGCAAGGAGUCUGCCAUAUCCUCACCCAGAACCUGGGUGAUACCACCAAGGCCUUUGAGGAGCUACUGCGUGCCAAUGAUAUUGAUUACUACAUGGGUCAAAGCUUUAGAGAGCAGCUGGCACAGAACACUGCCCUGGCACAAAGAGUGGUCACCAAGAUCAGUGGACGUGACCGUGCAGAGAGCCAUGAUGACAAGGCAGGCCAUGAGCUGCUUGCCCUACGGCUGAGUAAGGAGCUUCAGCAGAAAGAUAAAAUCAUCGAGUCACUCCACACCAAGCUGCAGCAGCGUCCAGAGACACCGUCCAGUUGCCAUGCUCUUUCUGAGACCACCGAUCAAUCAGACAGGACCUCGCUGGUGUCCGAUGAGUACAGAACCAAUGAAGACUUGGAGCUGUGCUCCGAUUUAGAUGCCAGAGAAUAUCAGGAGGAGCACCAUCUGCGGCAGCCAGGACACGGAUCAGAACCAGACGUCCGUCCAUCUAUCCCUCCUCCUCAUGGCUUCCUCAAGUCCUCCAGCAGCUGUCCCAACAUGCUUUGCUCAGCCCCUGUGGGUUUGACCAAUCAGUCCUCCAGAGCCCUUUUCAGGGAGCCUGUCUCCUUCUCCCUCUCUGUCCCCUCUGGCCCUGACGUCUGGGGUAUGGAAGUCACUUCUGACCCCCGGCCCAGGGCCCUGUCUGUGAUCGCUGUUCGCCCAGAGCUGGACACGCUGUACAAACAGAUGAAUGAGCACAACAGGGGUUUCGCAGUCCCCCAUGACAAGGCUCUGUUCCCUCUCUCACCUGGUGCCCAUAACCAACACGACCUCUCAUCCAGCUACAGCCAGCUAUCCCAUCAUGCCUUUCAACAGUAUCAGCUGGGUGGCAUUCCCGAAAGCCACUCGCUGAAGUCUGACUCAGGUCUAGUGACAGGAGGGACGCUGUGGGACAUGGAGAACAUGGUUCAGCCGGUUGGAAGCUUUUCUGGAUCCCCGGCACACCAGCAAGGAAGCGGCCAUGCAGGGGCAAAUUUGAUAGAGGAGCACCUGCGGGAGGUGAGGUGCCUCCGUCAGCGUCUGGAGGAGUCCAUUAGGACCAAUGAGAGGCUACGACAGCAGCUGGAAGAAAGACUGGCCACCACUGGGCGUGAUGGAGGGGCACCAACAAACAUCUACAUUCAAGGACUGGACACAGUCACUCAGCUGUCCAAUGAGAUCAGAGUCCUGAAGGAGGAGAACCUGGGUCUACAGUCGCGUCUACAGGCCAGCACAGACUCAUGUGAGGAGGUGGUGCAGUUGCGGGAGGCGGUGUUUACAGCACGUGCCCGCCUGAAACAAGCCGAGCUAGAGGCAGAGCAGUGGAAAGAGGAGCUAAGACGACUUCAGGCUCACAGUCAGGAGCAGGGACAGCAGAUACACAUAUUAAGGCAGGAACGGCAGGCCAGUCAGGAGAAAACCAACAGGCUCCAACACGAGGUGUCUCUACUGCAGCAGCAGCUAUGUGAGAGCAGAGACCUCAUCCACUCCCUGCAGAGUGAGCUCCAGGUGUAUGAUCGAGUGUGUUCCAGCACAAAGGCCAACAAAGGCUACCUGUGUGAGCUCCCAGGUUUACCGGUGGAGCUUGGGGAACUGCUCGGGGAGGUGAGGAGUCUGCGAGCUCAGCUGCAAAACAGCGUCCAGGAGAACAGCGCCCUCAAACAACUCGAGCUCCACAAGCAGCUCGAGCAGAAGCUGGGUGGAGGCUCUCCUCGGACUCCCUCCCUCUCUGCCCUCACUGCCAGCCCCCAGAGGGAAAACUUCUACAGACGACAGCUGCUGCACGACCCAGCUCCAUCUCCACCUGUCAGGGACAUUGGUCUGUUUAACUGUGGAUCUCCCGGUCCUCCCUACUCAGACUUGGACGACAGCCAUAGUACUGCCAAUGCAGACACACUUGACCCUCACUCUGAGCUGGAGGGGGAGGCUCCUGACGGUUCGUUUGCAAACCGCAACGGUCGCCAUGCCAUCGGUCAUGUGGAUGACUUCAGUGCUCUUCAGCAGCAGGUCCUAGAGGGCCGGAGCCUUGUCCAGCGCAUGGAGUCCACCCUGCAGGCCUGCCUCGGCCCAUCGCUGCUGGAUGGCAACCAGAAACAGAGCAGUGAGCUGGUCCUGGAUUAUGGAUGUGUGAAAAGUCUGCUGUCCAACACCAAAACUCUGAGGCAGAUCCUGGAGGAGGCGAUGUCUCUGCUGAAGAUGUUCUGGAGAGCAGCUCUGCCCAGCACUGAUCCCUCCAUGCAAAACCUCAAGAAGGAGCAGUGUAUGCAGGAGGAGAUCUUGUCCCUGAAACUCCGUAUAUCUGAGCAAGAAGAGGUUCUUAAAGGGACGAUUCAAAGACUGAGGAGCACCAGCCGCACCAAGGAGAGCAUGGAGCACUUCAUCGUCAAUCAGUUGUCGAGGACUCGUGAUGUGCUGAAGAAAGCAAGGACGAAUUUAGAGAAGAAUGAGCUGAGACUUUCUUCUCUAAGCUCCUCCUCUUGCUCUCCUUAUGCUGCUGAGGACCCAGGAGGUGCUGCCAGAGAGCGGCCUGUUGAUCGCAGUUUCCUGAAGACCAGCGCUGCUUCCGGAGCUGGAGCCAAUCAACGUCCAACAGCGAGGAAGCGCAGCAGCGAAUGCCUGCUUUAGACUUUUAAAGAACCAGCCUCAACGCCACCACCUCUGACCUCUAUGCUGAAACAGCCAAGAUACACCACCCCACCCCAUUCUCCUUUCCAGCCCUCCACACCAGCCUUUCCUGUCCCACUCGCCCUCCGCCUUUACCUCCGUCCAGCCUUGAGAGUGCUUCCAUCCGUCCCUCCUCCAGGCAACAUGUGCACAGUAUAAUCUGCACCAUGAGCCUUACGAAACUCCCUCCGCCCACUCACCAAUUUCCUGUCACUCUCUACCCCCUCCCACCACAUUUAUUGUGUUUUUUGUCUUUGAGUGAUACAGUCAGCAGUUUGCCUUGUCGUGUGUGUGACAGAAGAAAGGGUUUGAAAUGUGCCUGGUGGUUUCGGUGAUGUGCGUCCUACUGAUGGAGCUGGUUGAAGAUGCUCCUAGACACUGAUCAGGUGUGUUUUCAUGAAGGCAUUUUGGUCUUAGUGGUUGUCAGUCUCUAAGAGCAUCUUCUCCUGAGAGCCAGACAGCUUGUGGACAGAAUAAAUGUUCAUGCAUGUUUAAUCGUGGCUUGUGAGAGGAAUUCUGCACACAUGUACACACAUUACUGUACGUAUAUACAGUAUGUGUGGUCAAAAAACGGCUCACUCAAAGACAAAACAUCCUCAACUUUGACUGCCACAGAAAUGCAAGUUUACUUCUUGUGGCACUUUUAUUAACAAGAUUUUUUUGCAAAUGCAAUGCAAAGAACAGUGACACCCACAAUGUAUCACAGUGGAGGAAUGUAGAGGAAAUAGGUGAUCUCUUCUAAGUAGUCAUGUACUAGCUAUUAUACGUAUUUGUGGAGGAAGCUUAUGAAUGGUAUGUCUGCCUUCAGCCAAGGGUUAUGAAUAGCAGAACAAGAGCCAGAGAAGUUCCAUUUUAGUCACAGAUCUCCUCUUUUAGUGCUUUUUUGGCAUCGAUCUACAGAAUUUGAAGUACUGAAUAAAUCGGUUACAGCUAAGGUUAAGCUCAAGGCUUUGAUCAAUCUAAUUGGUUAUGAUUUCUAAGCGGGAUUUACAUUAAGAUAUGUAAAGAAAAGAGGUUAAAGUGCUCAAAUGGAACCAGGCUAAACGCGUAUUCAAGCUCCUCUGUAGGAGUUCUCAUACGAGCAUGUGCAAUAAUGAUUUUGUUUCUUGAAUGAUCAUGCUGCACCGAGUUAUUAUUAUUUCUUUGCUUGACACUGGAUUAUUAGUCACACUCACAUAAUAAAGUUAGGACACAAUCAGUGUUACGAUUGUGCGUUUUUGGAGUGUUGAUGCAUGACAGAGAUUGUAUAUGGUAAAAAAAAAGCUAUGGAACAGAGGAUUGCCAAUACUUGCCAAACUUUGAACUUUGAACUCUUCACUGUCACUUUGACUUGCCUUAUCCAUGCGAAUGACAAACCCAGGUCUGAUAAGACCGAUGGGUAUACCGAGGUGUCUUUUCUUCUGAGGGCCUCUAGAACCACAGAGAUGGUAACCGUUAGACAGUUUAUUUCGAAUUGUGAGAUGGAAAUUAGCUCCUUUUUUGGACCAAAACUCAUUAGAGUGGAUUUUUCCCUCAUGGCCAUAUGCUAUUGUCUUUAUGUUAUGUCUCUUGGUUCAGGCCGUCUUAACAUUCCCAUGGCAAUGGCAAUAGAUGAUGCAAACUUUGGCAGGCUACUGGUGGGAUCAUUGUUCUUUAAUUCACUCACUUACAAUCAGUUCAACAUUUAGUUUGGUGUGUUUUCUUGCUGUACAUUUGCCAUUUGAAGCUGUAAAUAUGCUGCCUUUCCUGUAUGAAUUUGACUUUUGUGAGAGUGUGUGUGUGUGCAUGUGUGUGAGAAAAAACAUCCAACAUUUGCUUUUUGCAAAGUUGAUUUUCUGGGUAGCUGUGCAAUAGCUCUAUAUAUUUUAUUUUGAUGUUAAACAUCAUUGUGUUACGAGUAUGUUUGCUACAUUCACCUCCUGCGAUGUAUGAUUUAUAUGCAGUGUAUGUUAGAGGAUUAUGUCACUUUGAAUCAAGUAGUCACAUAGGCUGUGUCUGAUAAGAAAUUACAAACUAUGCCUUCAUGAUAUCUAAGUCUCUGAUCACAGUAUCGUUCACCUAUAACAAAGCUCUGAUUAAUGUUGCUUCGCUUGCCUUUAAAUUUAGCUUGAGAGCUUCAAUCUGCUCUCGGUGGUAGAAAUGGCCUUGAACUAGCGCUUGUCUACCUGAGAUUUGCCAAAUUAGGUUUUGUUUGCGCUCAAGUCUUUAGAAAAAGACAAAAGUUGCCAAGUAUUUCAAUAGAGGUGAAUAGUUUGAUAUUACCUUUUGAAAUUAAAGUUAAAGGGAAAAGUUUUGAAGAAUUGUCUACUGUAAAAAAAAAAGCAAAAGCCAAUGACUGGAAAGAUUGUGAAUAAAGCACCUUGUUAGAGCGUAAACAAAGCCUUUUUGCUAUUGUUGUUAAGAAGGGAAUCAAACAGCUGUUUGAAACAAUGUAUUGUUGGUCCUGAGUUGCGUAUGUAUAUAGCGCUAUUUGAUUGGUGCAGCUUUUAUGUGAUUGGAAAGCAGCUUUUUUCCGAGUUUGUGCAUAAUGAACUAGAACGCCGAUACAGGACUCAUAUGGAUCCUGUCUCUGAUGACAGUUAACAGUGUGCUGUGUUGGCAAAAGUAUUAUCAAUGAAAGAUUUUGGAAAAGAAUGAAUAAAACACUUGAAAAGCUUG